UGUUCUUGUAUUGUUUGCAUUUAUCGCCUUAUCUGCUGGCGUUUGCGUGCGGACAUUCGGUUCGCGACGGGAAUUACAGGCUUGUCGAGUGUUGCUUCGGAGACUGCGAUCGUUCAGGAAGCAGCGACAUUAUUGAGUGACCAUGUGUUCGUUUUUGUGACUCACUCUGACCCGCGGGCUGGGGGCGUCGUCGCGUCGAAAUAUGUGAGCCGUCGCCACAGCCGCCUCUGCGCGCGUCUAUCGGGGGUGACGAUGAAAAAUGCACUACUGGUCGUGGUAGCCGUUCUGGGCGCGCUGGGGGUACUGUUCAUAUCAAUCUACCUCCUGCGGAGAGCGAGGAACAUGGGCGCCGCGGACGGUGCGAAAAGCUUUCGCUACGUCAAGCUCAGCCAGAACGGCGAGCGAGUGACAGAGAGCCAGUGUCUGGUCGACGUAUCAACCGACGAAGAGGACGACGAAGACGAUGACGACGACGAGAGCUCUCCGGCUACCAUCGACGUGGAGUCGCGCACGGCAGGUGUUGUGAGGAUGAACGGACAGGCAGCCGGCUACAGGAAGUCGGCGCUAGCCGAAAACGAAACCGACGAAGAGCUGCUGCAGUGAACACGACCGACAAUCAAGUCGCCUCACAAACAUGCACACACUACGCUCAUCGAGCGCUUUUUUUUUUCUUUUCACCUUCUUCGUGCUGGCUGGUUCCGCGCGCAAGUUUUAUCGUGAUCCCAACUCCCUCGAGCUUGUUUAUUUCUUGGUGGUUACCGAGUACUCUUACUAAUUUCGUGUUAUUUAUUUUGUGGGUGCGUUUCAUUUGCGCGUUAUUUAUGUACGACUGUUCCCUGGACAUGUGAAAUUCACAUAUCCCAACGACGAGCUCGUUGAAGCCGUCCCCAACUGCGGUUGUCGAGUGCACGUAGUUUGAUGCUGUGAUUUGUGUUUACUAGUACGGUUGUUUUUUUUUCAUCGACGUUUCUUCGUACAUUUUGUUUUUAUUUUCCUAGUUAUUGUGCUACAGUUCAGUAUAUAGAGAGUUGCAGAGGUUCAGAAGCCGUAUUUGUGCAAUCAUAUCCUGUUCUAUAAGUAAGUACUGUUACAAGUUUAAGGGGAGGUAACAACACAAGAGCGACGAGACGGACUAUUGUAAGCACACAAAUUGCCAAUUUGGAGCGACUACGUUUACACGCUCGCUUUUAUUGAUCAUUGUAAGUAAAGAUGACUGAACAUUGCAGGAGGCAUGGCUCAGCACCCAUUCACUCUGGUUUCACAGAACCCUAGCUAGCAUGCAGCUGCAAAAUUUUGCUGUAAUCUGAAUUUUCAGGGCUAUUUCGGUACACCAUCUUGCUUAUGAAUAAUGAUCGCUGCUACAGCGGAACAUUUUAGGUGUGUUUGCCUUCCAUGUUGCGUUAACCAUAUCUCCAGUUAAUCGUCAGUUCUCACAUUUAAUCAGCCAUAGCACUGAAACAUCAGUGAAGUACAAAUACAUGAUAAUAGGGCGAGCUAUCAUAAUCUGGGGGCAAAUAUUCUGGAAGGGGACAGAAGCCAAAAGUGUUGGUUGGCGCUAUUCCAUCUCAUCAAGUAGAAUACUGUAGAGGCCAACAUUUUCUUGCAUGCCAAAUUGCAGUUUGACUGCCUGCCAAAUGUCAGCAUUGCUCCAAUUGACUCUAGUUACCAUUGUCAAUGCAGAUGUCCCAGUCGCAGCAUUGACGCACAGCAAUAAGUCGUAUCCGUUUAGCAUAACUCCUGUGCAUGCCAAAUACAUCCCUGUGAAAUUGCGGCAGAUUUUGCAGUUGAAACCUUAAUAGCAGUUUAAAAGAACAUCUACUUCCACUUGCAAGCAGUUGCCACAUUUUAUGAUGUAGUUUUACCGCUUACCGUGAAGUCGCCCGCUAGUCCAAGAGACGUUUGUGCUUAAACCACUUGAGCACGAGGUUCAAAAGAACACUUGAUGCGAAUGAAUCCACUCGAACGAGCAAUUUACACUUCCAUAAUGCCGAAGACACCAUUCUCGCUGCAAGAUGCGCAAAAAAAAAAUGGGCGAAAAAAGAAAUUCUUUCUAAAAACGUCACUCUUGAUUUGAGGUUUAUGCACCAACUCUCCGUGACUUCUCAGAUUUCAAGGAUGUAUGCUAUAGCCUAUAUAUGUAACAUUUAAAUCAGUAAAAAUUGUGCUGUCUAAGGGAGCCAGCGGCUUCACAUGGCAAGUGUAGAAAGAAUAUUAUUGAAUAUUGAGCCAGUGUAGGAAAAAUACGGAAGAGUACAUUCGAAAUGUGUAGUGACGUCUUAGCGAGAUGUCAGGGGAAUGUCCCUGGUUGAUGAUUUCUCAUCACUUUGAGUCUUCGCCUUCUCCCAUCCUAUUGCGAUGCUACAUUAACACUUGGGUGCUACAGCUCGAAACAAAAUUUAGAAAUGAGAAGACCUUCAUUUUGUGUUCUAAUGAACCCAUGAUUGUGAAAUUUAACAAUAGUUUUCAAAUGAUUUAGAAGCAUAGACCGACUUGCAUGUCCCUUUGAAUGUUUUUUCCUUGGUAUGUUGCGACGCUAGGGCAAUUGGAAAAUAUGACUGCCCUGUUGGUGUAUGGCACAGGUCCUUGUGUUCAUACUUCUCGCUGGUAGUACAGAUAUUCGUGUUCCACUGUUGUAACUGUAAAAUACGUUUGUGCAAUUAAAAGUCGUGAACAGGUUUCA